AAAAAUUUGCUUAAAAAAUGGCAGAAGAUAAACGGUUCUCAGUCCACGGCACAAUUGCUAUCAUCCUGCUUGCUCAGGUUGUUUCAACAACUGCUAAUCAACUGUCAACGGGAAGUGGAAUAUUUCGAAAAUCAUUGGAAGGCAAACGUCUCCAGGGCUGUUUAAUUUCAACAAGAGCUGUCCCAAGUUUAUUUGAGUGUGGUCACUGGUGCAUGAUUCGAGACUGUUGGUCUUUCAACUACGGACAGAGUAUCGAGCUUGAAAAUCAAAAUAUAUGUGAAAUGAACAAUUGCAGCAGAAAUGGAAGCUUGGUGUUGGUUGACAAAAUAUUUGAUUACUAUGAACUGGUUAGUCAGGUAUCGCGCUGUUUACUUGAUGAAAUUUGCUCAGAACCGAAAUUCUCCUUGCAGUUUCCACGAUACAGUACCAAUGAUUAUGUUGUUAUAAGCGAUCCCAGUUUAACAGAAAUGGACGCCUUAACCAUCUGUGCCUGGGUGAAGUUUGUUAGCAACGGAAAGGGCGCCAUUAUAACCUAUGCUGUUCCCGGUUCAACUAAUGAGCUCGCUAUCUGGUGCUAUGUGAAUGUAGUUCUCAUUUCUGUGAAAAAUUUAGUCUGGUUUCGGGCUUACAACAGUACGAUGAGUGAUGGUUCCUGGCAUGCCUUGUGUAUGACGUGGUCCAGUGCGAAUGGCGAGAUCAGAGUGUAUAAAGACGAUGUCUUGACGGAUGUGCGGGCAGGUGUGGGCAUUGGCGAAAAGACUGUCGGAGGGGGGACCUGGGUGCUGGGCCAAGAUCAGGAUACAGUUGGUGGGGGAUUUGAUAUUAAAGACUCAUUACGGGGGGAGCUGACUAUGGUCAAUGUAUGGAGGCGUGUCCUUACCAGACAAGAAAUUACCAAGUUUUCAACAAAUUGUGAAAAUUGUAUGAUUGGGGAUGUGAAGAGAUGGACGGAGUUUAGAACUGGACUGCGAGGCAAUGUUGAACUCAGAGAGAAGCAAGAUUGUCAUGUGUGUGAUUAAUGUUAAGAUGAGAUGAAAUGACUAUUUAACGUAUGAUAGUUAUUUCAUCAGCUGGUCAAUAAGGCGUCGAUAUCCCAGGGGAACUCGUUUUUUUCUCACUCUCGGCGCGAGAAAAAGUAGUUUUUUAUAAGGAUGCUUUGGCUAACUUAAAGUAUUGAAUAAGAGAGCUUUUUCGAUCUAGCCGUUAAAUAGCUGAUCACGAAUAAACAUCAUAUAUGAACCUUCAGAAAAAGUUUGCCAGUUUUUAAUGUAAAAAAUAUGUACAUAUCUUGUAAAUAAAUAAAAUAUUUGAAUGCAUGGGAAUAAGCUGUAUAACAUCGCCUCGAGAUUAUCUCUAUAGUAACUAUCUCUUUUGGAUAGCUGAUCUAUCAGCUCCUUCUGUAGUUACUUGGCUAGUCCAAUCUUUAAGUUUCAGAAGAAAACCUCAAUCAAGCCCUUGCUUCAUUUUUAACGUCAUAUAAACUUUUGAGAAAUUUUGUGUUAAAUUUAAAUGAGUGAAAAUU